GGAAGUUCUUGCAGAAGGCUGCUUGUCUUCCCAGUGGUUUUCCCCACUCUGCCUUCAGCAAGCCACAACUUUCACCAAUUGGUCAGCGUGCCAACCUGAAUACUUCCUUUUGAUGUCUAGUUGCAGUCUAGCCCGAGUGAGCACGCAGCUGUAUCGUCUUUCCCUUCAGCCACAGUAGUGGAACUUGCAUCUGGUUCUAAGGAUUGAUGACGUCACCCAUGACAAGCUUAGCAGCCUAAGAAGAGCUACCCAGGAGGGUUCAGCUUCUCAUCAACUCAGUGUGGAGCCAGGAUGUUUGCGAAUCAAAUGUGGUUAUUUCCUUUCCUCCCACCCUUGGAAGUUAGAGUCCUGGCACACAAUUUGGGGACGAAUGAAUUACUAUUUGAGGUACAUGUUCAGAACAUUGCUCUGUCAGAUUCUACUGUAGAAAAGAUCACCUUAGUUUUUCCUGAAACAUGCAUUGAAACAGAAACUAAUACCUUCAACGUAACCGCAGAAGAUGGAGAUGAUACUUUCGAAGAAAUUACACUUUUGAAACCAAUGGAUAGACACCGGUAUUUCUGCCAAAUUCCGAUCAAGCAGGACAUUUUGGAAAGACCUGAUGGCAUAUGGAAAUUAACUGAACAAGCAAUACUGGAUAUACAGUGGAAGGGUGGUGUUGGUGAUAUGACAUUGGAACAGAAACUACAACUUGAUAAGGAAGUUCUACGUUAUGGAACCAUAAGUGUGUCAGUAGAAUCAAUGCCAGAUAUUGUUUUUCUGGAAGAGCCUUUCCACAUGACCUGUAAGGUUACAAAUUUCACUAACAAGAAGAUGAAACUGUUUUUGAAGUUGUGUCAUACAUAUAAUAUUCGUUGGCAUUUAGCUGGAGGGAAGUAUCUGGGGAUGCUUAGUCCAAGAAAAUCACUGAGCUUUACGGUAAACCUGCUAUUCAUCAAAUAUGGACUACAACGUGUCUCUGGCAUACAAAUAACUGACAAGAUCAGUAACAAAACAUACUGUUGUGAAAAUAUUGUGACUGUCCGUGUGGAACCAACCUUGGAGCAAAUGGAUACUGCAGAUUUUUCCAUCCGCAUCAGGCAGAAAACCAGUGCAUUUUAAUCCUGAGAAAACAUCACCAUCAUCAAAUCUGAGCAAAGGUUAUUGCAGAGUGCUUCCUCUGACACUCUGAAUGCUAUUGAAAAUUAAAACCUCAUGCCAAAA